GUACAAUUUGACCUUUGAGAACAUAAUACUUAGUGCCUGAAAUUUAUAUUUUUAUUAAAUUCAAAUAUGCUCCCAAAAAAAUGACAGGGCAGAAACCACCUGAACCCAAAUUGGAGGAUGAAUCCAAAAAGGUAGGACUUGAUGUAAUGUAUAAGGAGUUUUUUUCGAACGAAACAAAACCUCAAAAUAAAAAUUAUUGUGAUGUACAAGAUAGUAAAAGUGAAAUUAAUUCCCAAGCCAAAGAACUUUGCAGUAAGCUCGCAUGGAGUAAGCUUAAUGAAAAAUUAGGUAAGUUUUGUGUAUCACCAGUUGUAGAAGAUGUUACUUUAAAUGAACUAAAAAAUAGGAAAUAUUCAUACAUUUAUUUUAAAGAAUUGGGUAAAAUUCAUAGUGUUAGUACAAGCAAAAAUAAAGACGCUUGUAGUAAGUAUUUAAAAUAUCUUCAAAGUUUAAGUACAUUAUAUCAAAAAUACUGGAAGAAGCAAUGUGAUUAUUUUUUCUUGGGACCUGCUGCUGUGGAUUAUUUCCCGUGUUAUUAUAAGUAUGAACUAAGCUAUCUCAUGUCUGGAUUACAAAACUGUAAGGAUGGAAAAGAGCCAUAUAGAGCGGGGCAGGAGUUUCAACAAUUUUACCAACAAAAGCAGGAGCGGCAGCUGCACCGAUUCAAGCAAAACCAGCAAAUCCAGCAGGAAAAGACCAAGAAAAUCUUGCACAUUUAUCUACAGUACAACAACAAGUUGUAG